AUGUUUGCGCCCGCCAAGAUCAUCACCCCCGAGAACAUCGGCACUAUCGAGCUGUUCGGCACUGGUCUGGCUGUCAUGAUUGCGCUCAAGGAGCUCAACAUUAAGUACAUCCACAAGGCCUCGAUGCCUGAGUCGGCUGAGCUCUACGAGUUCUCGCCGUUCGGCACCAUCCCCGUCCUGGUCCACCGCCCCAACGCCAUCUACUCGGCUCGCGACAGGAUUGCGCUGUUCGAGACUCUCGCCAUUGCUCGCUACCUUGACGAGAUCCUCUCCUCGAAGGACGUGGAGGACCCCUCGCACCGCACCCUCUUCCCUCCUCCCAUCGGCUCUCACGAGCGCAACUACGCUGAUGUCGCUCUCUCGCGCGUCGAGAUUGACCAGAUUAGCGCCCUGAUCGUGACCCGCGUCCAGCCGAUCGUCGAGGACCGCUACGUGAAGCCCUUCUUUGCGCUCCGCAACAACGGCGCCAGCAAGGAGGACAUCUCCGCUGCCCUCUUGGACUCGUUCCAGGCUGCUGAGGAGAUCUUUGUGCUCCUCGAGCGCGUGAUCGCCAACACCCAGGAGCAGCUCAAGCUCUCGAACCCCCCGUUCAUCUUCGGCAACCUCAGUUGGGCUGACGUUUUCCUCUUCCCCGUCGCCCGCGACUUCAAGGCGACCAACCCCGACCUGUUCACCGCCUCGCGCCUCCCUUGGCUCUCGGGCUGGUUCAGCCGCUUCGAGCAGCGCCCCAGCGCCCAGGCCACUCUCCCCACCAGCUUUGCUGCCUCUAAGUAA